GCAAAUAUUAAAGACAGUGUUUACACUUUGUGGUUUAAAGUCAGGUGAGAGAUAAUUAUGGCUCUUGAAGCUGAUGACCUAGGGACCAUCAUUUGGAGACAUGGGGAUUAACAGUUUGGAGGUGACAAGUUUGGAGAAAGGAGUCUUCUUUAUGCUGGGAGCAGAAAAGAUGGGGAAAAGUAGAGUUGGAAGAAAAUAUGCAAAUAAUCCUAGGCAAGAUAAUAGCUUCUUAAAGUAAUUGUGGCUUGUGUCUCUUUUAACAGUCAGCAGGAGGGAGAAAAUGAAAGCGGGCUGCAGCAUUGUGGAAAAGCCAGAAGGAGGUGGAGGCUACCAGUUCCCUGACUGGGCCUACAAAACGGAGUCAUCCCCAGGCUCCCGGCAGAUCCAACUGUGGCAUUUCAUCUUGGAGCUACUUCAGAAAGAGGAGUUCCGCCAUGUCAUUGCCUGGCAGCAGGGAGAGUAUGGGGAGUUUGUCAUCAAGGACCCAGAUGAAGUGGCCCGCCUCUGGGGCAGAAGAAAGUGCAAACCCCAGAUGAACUAUGACAAGCUGAGCCGAGCCCUCAGAUACUAUUACAACAAGAGGAUCCUUCAUAAAACAAAAGGCAAAAGGUUUACCUAUAAGUUUAACUUCAACAAGCUGGUGAUGCCCAACUAUCCAUUCAUCAAUAUUCGGCCCAAUGGAGUAGUUCCCCAGAGUGCCCCUCCAGUGCCGACAGCCUCCUCACGUUUCCACUUUCCCCCUCUGGACAGCCAUUCUCCCACCAGUGAUGUGCAGCCAGGCCGAUUCUCUACAAGCUCCCUAGCUCCUGGGCAGGAAUCUUUGAAUGAUGGCAGUGAACGAAAAGCAGAUAUUUCAGAGUUGGAGGACAGUUCUACUGACUGGCGUAGGGGUAUGGAUCUCAUGACUUCUCGGAAUUCAGUCACUAGUGGAGGAAUUAGCCACCAGAAGCGCAAGCCAGACAUCAUGCUCCCUCUUUUCACUAGGCCUGGGAUUUAUCCUGACCCUCACAGUCCUUUUGCUGUUUCUCCACUGCCUGGCCGUGGAAGUGUCCUCAAUGUCCCCAUCUCACCAGCUCUGUCCCUUACCCCAACCCUCUUUUCCUACAGCCCCUCCCCAGGUCUAAGCCCCUUCACUGGUAGCAGCUGCUUCUCCUUUAACCCAGAUGAAAUGAAACACUACCUUCAUUCACAAGCCUGCUCAGUUUUAAACUACCAUCUAAGUCCCCGGACUUUUCCUCGUUAUCCUGGGCUCAUGGUCCCACCCCUGCAGUGCCAAAUGCAUCCAGAGGAGCCAGCCCAAUUUCCCAUUAAGCUCCAGCCACCACCAGCUGGGCGGAAGAACCGAGAAAGAGUAGAGAGCAGUGAAGAGUCAGCAGUUACUGUCACUCCAACCAUGGCCCCUACCCCGCCAAGGAUCAAGGUGGAACAACAAACUGCAGACAGAGAGCCUGACAACCAAGAGCAUCCACUAAGAGAAAAGGAAGAGGAGCGCUCUGUGCCCAGUGGGACCAUAGAUGAGGAGGGUGCCUUCUUUGCACGCCCUGCUGCACCCCCAGCCUGGCCCUUGGUCCCCCUCAGCAGUCCAGGCGAAGAGACCCCAGAGUUGAGUGAAGGUAGUGAGGACAAGCCUGGUAAGGAUGCCCUGGCAGUAGUUGAGCCCAAUGCCCCCGAAAAGAAAGAGGAUGCCUUGAUGCCCCCAAAGCUUCGGCUGAAGCGAAGAUGGAAUGGUGAUAGGGAAGCCAGAGAGCUGAGCGAGAGUGGCAAGAUUCAUUGGAAUCUUUCUGGGUCUCCACCCCUCAUUGCUGGACCCAGGGGGGUGACCACAGCAGCCGCUGCUGAUGCUUAG